GCGCGACGGCGGCACCGGGAGAGAGAGAGAAAAUGGAAAAUGGCGCGGGCGAGACGUGCGGACAGAAAAAACGGGACGAAAAGUAGAGUCGUAGUUGGAAAGGGUCUCGCAGCAUCCCAGGAAUUCAAGGUGGUUACUCAUUCCGCGUGUCUCGGCGAGUGCGGACGCUUUUUCCUUGUUCAGCCCGAGACCGAAUCGGCCGGGCUAAGAGAGCGUCAGUGCGGCCGCGGCUUUCAUCGCACGCAGCUCGCGCGUCCCUCCAAGCAUGGCGAUCACGACGCCCGCAUGGACACCGACGCCAGCCAUGACCGACGCGUGAGCGACGCCGCCGCCGGCGCCGCCCUCCGCGACGACGACGCCGACGACGCCGACCAGCAGCUCGUGCUCGUGCCCACCGAUCCUUCUGAGUGGAGCGAGCAGCACGUGCGACAAUGGCUGGAGUGGGCGUGCAAGCAGUUCGCCCUGCCGCCCCUCGACCCGUGCGACUUCCCCAAGAGUGGAAGCGAGUUGUGCGCCCUGAGCAGGUCUCAACUGCUGUCCCUGGCCGGCGCCAGGGCGGGCAGCGUGCUCGCCGCGCACCUCGCCAACCUCAAGCACAGCGUCACCGGACGCAGCCCCAGCCCCCUCGGCGACAUCAGGCUACACUCCCCUGAAGAAAACGAAGAUCCAUACCAGUUGCUGAACGCGGCCGGCAGUCGAUUGGUGGCGCAGGGAUCAGGUCAGAUCCAACUGUGGCAGUUUCUGCUCGAGCUCCUCUCGGAUUCGUCCAACGCGGCCUGCAUCACUUGGGAGGGCACCAAUGGAGAAUUCAAACUCACCGACCCCGACGAGGUUGCCCGCCGCUGGGGCGAGAGGAAGUCCAAGCCCAACAUGAAUUACGACAAGCUCAGCAGAGCUCUCAGGUAUUACUACGACAAGAACAUAAUGAGCAAAGUGCACGGCAAGAGGUACGCGUACAAAUUCGACUUCACGGGACUGAUGCAGGCGUGCCAGGCUCAGAACGGCGAGGGGGCCGCGGGGGCAGCUUCGCCCUACAAGACUCCCCCGGGCUACCCUGGCGAGUUGGGAAGCCUGUUCGGCACAACGCACGCCUCUGCCUACCACCUCGCUGAGUGUCACGGAAAGCUGUCGUCGGGAGGAGUGAGCGCGGCAGCGUCGGGCGCGUCGCCGAGCAGCCUGUUCGGGGCGCAGCACUACUGGCCCAGUCCGCCGCCCCUCUACACGCCCCCGGGGGGCUCGUCGAGCGGCAGCGGGGGCUCGCCGGGGCCGCACCGGCCGCCCAGCCUGUCGCGGUGCUACCCGUACCCGCCGGGGGCGCCGCCGCCCCAGCACUGACGCGCGCGCUGUGAUCUCCAGCACAAUCAUCGUACACGUGUGUGACUACUCCUUUGCUUCGCCGCAACUGGCUUGCACAGUUCCUAUUCCGCAAAAAUGCGAGAAAGACGCUGCCUCCUCCUCCAGUUCGACUCAUCGAUAUAAAUUCCACUUGGUUUGGCCGUGUCAAAUCGUACACUUGGGAAACUUUAUAUUUUUUUCCUGAAGAGUAAAUAAUGCUUAUUUAUCUUUUGUACAUUAUUGUCGGCUAACUGUUGAUUUCUUUAUAUGAUAAUCCACGACAGAGACAUUAUACGAUUGAAAUAAUAGUGAUGUGCACAUUUUGUUUUGUGUUUACCGCUUGAGACAUUUUUAAAAGAGCUGAAAUCACGGGUCGCAUGACGUAUUUCCCACUUUUGAUCAGUCUUUACUCGAAAAAAAUCUAAAAGUUUUUCGUUAUUGCUGGUUUUACAGGAAAUUGAGAACACUGUAAUACAUUUUGAGUCUGUGCAAUUUAAAUUUAAAAUUUAAGGUCUUUAUGUUCAACUCCUCUCAUCAAGACUAAUCGAAUAAACACCAAAUUCAUCGGUCAAGGUCAAAGGUCAACAAGUCUCAUUUUCAAAAAUUCCCGUUUUUUAUCUUAAAAACCAGCACCAUACUUUAAACAUCCAAAACGCCCCCAAAAAAGGUCUCAGGGUACGUAAGGACUUUUGUAACAAUUUCAAGGUUUCGGUUUCAAUUAAUUCCAUUUCAAUUUCGAAAAAAACAAAAUUUUCUAAUUCUUGCAAAUGAUGUGAGCGUUAAAUCUCAGGUUCUAAGGGUCAUAAAUGCAAAAACUGCACAUCGUUCGACUUGGAUUGACUUCCCCUGGUGAGCUGAAUGGUUUUAGGGGUGCACCCCAACCCUCAUCCCCUAAUUGCCAUGAUUUCAUCCCGAUAAAGUGAAUAUUUUAUAUCAACGCGAUUUUUUGUUCUUUUGUUUGAAAAUUUACUCAUGCAUCACAAAAUUAGAAAAUGAUAGUCAACCGACCAAAUUUCCAAGUGUAUAGGAUUACUUUUCUUUAAUGUAAAGACCUUUAAGGUCAAAACUAUUUAUAGUUUCUAUAGGCAAUGACGGCUCACUUCACCUUCCAAGAUUGAGAAGUUGCCUGAUUGCGUAUAUACAACCACUGCUUUGACUGCCGUUUUGUAAAGCGUAUUUUCAGUUUGUUUUAAUUAUUGCGAAUAAAAAUGCACAAAAACGACUAAGGCCAAAAAUGUUAUCUCCAUUUUCAUUGAGAUUGCGUAUGAGACUGAGCCUUGUAAAGUUUGUUGCCUGUCUAUUUGUAGUAUUCAUAAAUUAUAUAACACCUAAUCCGAUACAGUAUCCUAACAUAUCAAAAGCUGUUUCAUGUACAAGUCUUUCUUGUGUAAAUUAUACAUAUUAACUGUACAUAUUUAUGCAGGUUGCAUGCUCUGAAGAACGUUCUCUCGAUCGCUUCUUAUCGUGCUGAUGUUUCAUCCAUCAUAUAAUAGUUCGUUCAUAAUAAUAAUCAUCUACACGUUAAGGACUCUUCUUGUAAAGAGGUUCGCCGCACUGAAACUAUAUCGCAGUGUUCCUUGAGCAAAACUUAAAGCUGCGUGAAUUCCAGCAAAAGUGGCAUACAAUGUAUUUUUGAGGGUAUUUUUCUUUUUUUAUUUCUGCGUAUACUUUGCUUUGUUUUCGAACACUAAUAAAAAAUGUUGAAUAAAAUAAUUUA